GGGUUUGGGGUUAAGGGAGGGGAUUAUUUCGUUUUUUUAUCUGAUUUAUGUUAAGCGAUGUAAGGAAAAGGUGAUAUUACUGAAGUGAAAAUCCGGUUCAGCGAGAGAUAACUCACGCAGAACGCAACCUUCCCUCACAGUGCCUUAAACCAUGUAACGCUGACAUUUCGCCGCGAUUCCUCUUAUCUACCUCACGCUGCACACAAGGACGAUGAGGCCCUCCCAGCUGAGGCCCUUGCUAGCCACGGGCGUGGUCCUCCUGACGGCCGUCGGUCCCUCGGAGGGCUUCCUGGAGCUCGUUGUAGCCUACUUCUUCGGCAACUUCCUUUGGGGCUCCCCCUCGAAGAUCGGCACGCGCGUGAGCCAGGCCGCGCUCGAGCCCGCCCAGACGCUGCUGAUGGGCGGCGGGACGGAGAUCGUGUCGCAGGCCCUCACCCACGACUACAUCCCGGGCAUGCGGGACUUCGUGUGGAACGCCGUGGGCACCGGGGUGUCCCAGCUGGGCUCCAUCGCCGUCGGCGCCGUCUGGUGGAUCAUCUCGUCGAUCGGUUCCAUCAUCGGCCAGACGCUGGGGUCGGCCAUCCCGGCUGCCGUGGCCGCCGUCAACGCCAGCAUCUCCGCCAUCGCCAGCAUCAUCGCCGUGGUCGUCAACGACAACCUGUUCCAGGGCGACGAGAACCCGGCGAUGCAGCUGCAGGUGGUCGGGCGGCGGUCGGGGGCGCGGCGCUCCGUCAGAGUCGACGCGCCGGAGGUCCGCCUCCUCCGAGGACACCGCAGCUUGGAGCCGCGUCGAGCAGACUUCCUUCGUCAGCCCUUCGAUGAGGCCGCCAGACACGACCUCUUCGAGUGCGUCCCUCUGGUCCUGUGCGCCAUCCACGCCGACCCGGAGGAGCUCGUCACCCCCAAGGAAUCCGCCUUCAGGAGGGUCUUCAGAUCCAUCUUCGCCAAGGAACCCAUUCCCAGCUGGGCUAAAAAUUAUGUCGAGGCGAGUAUCAAAGGCUCGACCAAGAACUCGACACACGCUUGCCAAGAAGCUUAUCCCUCUUGCAUCAUCCCGAGUCAUCUCCUGAGAAAGCUCGUCAACAUAGCCUUAGAAACGGGAAAUUAUUUAACCCAGCGGUAGCCAUUGUUUUGGAGUUGUGGUAGUUUAUUUGUUUAGUUACUUAGGUAAUGUGUCUUUGAUUACAUGAAGAUUGGAGGAUAGGGAGGCUUUUUAUCAACAAGCCAUUGCGUGUUUGUGUAUAAGAAAUGAUUGUUGUCGCAUUUCUAUUUACGUGUCAAAAGUCUCUCUAGUCAUAUCAUU